CGAGGCAGCGGCCGGGCGGCGGCGGCGGCCGCGGGCAGGACGGAGCGGGCAGGGCGGCCAGGAGAGGCAGCCGUCCCUCCGCGCACGGCGAGCCGGCGGGAGAGCGCGAUCCCGCUGCGGAGCCCCGACGCUGCCCUGCCCCGGAUUUCAGUGCGCGGCGUGGGGCUCGGCGAGCGGAAUUCCGGCGGCGGCCGCGACUCCGGUGCAAGGUGAGGGAGCAUGAACGGCCUUGAAUGCGCCCCUGGGCAUAUUUAGCCAUUCACUUUUCAUUAGGAGAAAGAAGACGGCCAUCCGCUUGAGAGGCAAAGCUCCAGUGACCAAAGAGCUAUAGAUCUUCUGAAUUUUGAGAGCAGUGAAAUAGGAGCAUAGCAGAGAGCGUAUGAAAGACAGCACGUUGGAAGGAAGAUUGAUGCAGACAAAAGCAACAUGAUUCAGGGACAUCACUGAGAUCUUUGGGGACUGCACAGAAGCGUCUGGUUGGGAACGUCAUGAAGGAAGGGGCAAGACCCUGCCCAAGGAAGCGUACGUGAGAAUAACGGAGAAGGAGCCCGUCGAUAUACGCAGUACAGCCGCUGUUGGAGUAGGCCUGGAAACUGAGUUUUGGAAGGAUUCAGUAACGGACAAACACCACUCCGCGGGUCCAUAGCAGAGGUGUAGUUCAAGCCUGUCUGUCCAGCCCGAGUCAAACCUCCUCCACUGUUCAUGGUUUUUUGAAAGUCUUCCACGCCAAGUGACCAGCCUAGAGGGCUCUUGCUAGCCGGUGAUGGAAAUGUGCUGGAGCAAUGGGAGAAGCUGGUAACUUCUAGGAAGCCAAGAUGACAAGAAUUGUUUUAAAUAAUCAAAGGAAAGACGAAGCACGUGAAGAAGUGGACCACACGAGUGAAGCUUUAGCGCACAUCUUCCCAGUCGACGACAGGCGGUGGUUCGGGCUGCUUCUGGUCCCCGUCAUCGGUGUCCUGUGAGGCAGUCUUCCCCGUCAGCGUCUGAUCCUCCUGUUGUGGACUAGCCCUGGUGUCUUCGGGCAGAGGAACCGGACAUACGUCCUCGUUCUCUGAGCAGAGAGCUAGUGGACAGAGGCCCACCUGACUGGAGUGACAGAAGGAUAAGUGCAGUCAAGACAUGGUGGCUCCAGUAGUUGGUGAUGAAUGCGUGAGGCUUGCUGGACAGACCCGUGUGCUGUGAGCGGUGGCGCUCUGCUGGUGGUGGUGUGGAAUCCGCUGACUUACCCUUUGGUUUCCUCCUACCACCCCACAGAAAUGUAAGGAAGACGGCCGGGGCGCCAUGAGGUGAGUGCGCGCCGGCGCCCAGAGCCCCGGAGAGCGGUGUGCGGGCUGCGGGAGCGGCCCCGCGCGUCUGGCCACGCACGUCCCCGGCAUGAGGCCGGGCAGCAUGGGCGCGCCGCCGCGGGACCGCUGACCCCCGCCCGCCGGGACCAUGAAGGAGGUGACGUACUGGUCCCCCAAGAAGGUGGCAGACUGGCUGCUGGAGCACGCCAUGCCCGAGUACUGUGAGCCCCUGGAGCACUUCACGGGCCGGGACCUGAUCGGCCUGACCCGGGAGGACUUCGCACGGCCGCCCCUGUGCCGCGUGUCGGCCGACAGCGGGCAGCGGCUCCUGGACAUGAUCGAGACCCUGAAGGUGGAACAGCACAUGGAGGCGCACAAGAACGGCCACGCCAAUGGGCACCUGGGCGCAGGUGCGGCCGGCCCUGGCCCCGGCCCCGGCCCCACAGGCGGCUUUGGCCUGCAGGCCAAGCCCAACGGGGUGCCCAACGGCUACAGGAAGGAGAUGAUCAAGAUCCCUAUGCCGGAGCCCGAGCGCUCCCAGUACCCCAUGGAGUGGGGCAAGACGUGCCUGGCCUUCCUGUACGCACUGUCCUGCUUCGUCCUCACCACAGUGAUGAUCUCGGUCGUUCACGAGCGAGUGCCUCCCAAGGAGGUGCAGCCCCCGCUGCCGGACACGUUCUUUGACCAUUUUAACCGGGUGCAGUGGGCCUUUUCUAUCUGUGAAAUUAACGGCAUGAUCCUCGUAGGACUCUGGUUAAUUCAGUGGCUGCUCUUAAAAUACAAAAUUGGACUUGCAAACCACCGACUAGGAAAAAUCCCUGGGGAGUCUCUGCCUUUGUGUCAGACUUCACUGCAAAACAGGUCUAUUAUCAGCAGAAGAUUCUUCUGCAUAGUCGGCACACUGUACCUGUACCGCUGUGUCACCAUGUAUGUGACCACCCUCCCAGUGCCCGGCAUGCAUUUCAACUGCUCUCCGAAGCUUUUUGGAGACUGGGAAGCCCAACUGCGGAGAAUAAUGAAGCUCAUCGCUGGCGGUGGCCUGUCCAUCACUGGUUCUCACAACAUGUGCGGGGACUAUCUGUACAGCGGCCACACGGUCAUGCUCACACUCACCUACUUAUUUAUCAAAGAGUAUUCCCCUCGACGACUCUGGUGGUACCACUGGAUCUGCUGGCUGCUCAGCGUGGUUGGGAUCUUCUGCAUCCUCUUGGCGCAUGACCACUACACUGUGGACGUGGUGGUGGCCUACUACAUCACCACGAGACUCUUCUGGUGGUACCACACGAUGGCCAAUCAGCAAGUGCUAAAAGAAGCUUCCCAGAUGAACCUCCUGGCUAGGGUGUGGUGGUACAGGCCGUUUCAGUACUUUGAAAAGAAUGUCCAAGGAAUCGUACCUCGCUCUUACCACUGGCCCUUCCCCUGGCCAGUCGUCCACCUCGGCAGACAAGUGAAAUACAGCCGCUUGGUGAAUGACACAUAACAGCCGCGCAAGGCCGGGGAGCGAGGAGCUGUCCGAAGUGCUAAGAACUCCGUGAGAGAAGAUGCCAUAAACAAACACCUCCCUGAUCCUGUUCUCUUUCAAAAGUUACCUUGACUUAACCUAUUGAGUUACCUGGUCAGCACUGUGAUCUUUUUUUCUCUCCAAAGGACCUGCGUUGGACAACAAUAAAGAAAAUUUAACCUA